AUGUCGUUCAUCUCCCCAAACUCUUGCCGCAGAUCGCAGCUUCUGGCCGCAAUCGCAGUCCUUAUCUUCAUCCCGCUGCUAUAUUUACACCAGUCAUGGGCUCAAGAGACCGCAGUCGGACAUCUUUACCCAGAUGUUGGCAAUUCAUCUCUGCCUCCCGCCCCUGAGCCCGCGUGUCGCCGCCUUCCUGGUGCAGACGAUGUCCUCGUCGUUAUGAAGACUGGUGGAACCGUGUCGCACAAGAAGCUUCCCAUCCACUUCGAAACCACCUUCCGCUGCAUUCCGCACUGGGUCGUGUUCUCCGAUCUCGAGGAAGACGUUGCGGGCCAUCGCGUGCAUGAUGUUCUGGAUGAGAUUGAUGAUGGCGUCAAGGCAACGGUCGAGGAAUUUCGUCUCUACGAGGAAAUCCAAAAGUGGCACGCCGGAGGAGCCAUGCCAGAGGCCAUUGACGACGGUUUGCGCAAGCAGGCAUGGAAUCUAGAUAAAUGGAAGUUUUUGCCGCUAGUCAAAAAGGCCCUGCAAGCCCGUCCGGACGCAAAGUGGUACUUUUUUAUGGAGGCAGACACCGGUCUGAUAUGGUCCAAUCUCUUGCUGUAUUUGUCACACCUCAACCCUGAAAAACCGCUCUAUCUCGGAGCACAAUCAUGGAUCGGCGGCACUGAGUUCGCGCACGGAGGGUCCGGAUUCAUUAUUUCAAGCAAGGCCCUUCACAUGGUGGUCGACGAGUACACAAGCCGUGUUCCUCACUACGACGAGCUCACGCGCAAUGAAUGGGCCGGGGAUCUCGUUCUGGCCAAAGCGAUGCAGAACCAGGGCAUUUACCCGACGCGAUCCUUCCCAAUCCUACAAGGCGAGACGCCGUAUACACUGGAUUACACCGAGAAUCAUUGGUGUUUCCCAAUUGUCUCCUAUCACCACAUGACCCCCGAGUGGAUCCAGUCCAUGUGGUAUUACGAGCAGGAAUGGUUGGCAAAGAAGCAAGCGGAGACCUCCCCAGACUCACUAUCCUCGGAGCCAAUCCGUCAUCGACACGUCUUUGCGCACUUCGUGCAACCUACGAUCAACAUCGGCGAGAAGACAGAAUGGCACAAUCUGUCUCCCGACGAAGGCGCCAAUGGCCAAACGACGCUCGAAAACUGCAGAUCCAUCUGCGAAGCUGCACAAUCGUGCGUUCAAUGGCUGUUCACAGCUCCCGGGGACUGCAAGAUUGCAAGUGUCGUCCGUCUAGGCAGCCGUCCAACUGACGAAGAUGACAUGAUGAAACACAGGUCGGGCUGGAUGACAGAUAGAGUAGCGACGUUUGUAGACAGGAUGGGGCAGUGUGAGAGGGACUGGAUCUUACCAGACGCGGACCCUGUCGCGUAG